AUGGCGGAGGGAAGCGACAACAACACGGGCAGUGACGGUGUUUUAUCGUCUCUUAUGAAGGAGAUCUUUACUAGCCCUCUUAACAUUGGACUGUUAGCAAUAUGUGCAUAUUUGCUCUACAAAAUCAUAGCCGGUAGAAGAGCAAAACCCCCACCAGUACCUGUUCAACCUCAACUUCCGCGCAUGAAGAAAAGAGAUUUCACUCUGGAACAGCUACGGGAGUAUGAUGGGAAAGGGAAAGACGGUCGUCUUUUGAUCGCUGUCAAUAACAAAGUGUUCGAUGUGACGAGAGGCAAGAGAUUUUACGGGCCAGGUGGGCCGUAUGGAGUGUUCGCAGGGAGAGACGCCUCCAGGGGACUGGCCACAUUCUCUCUCAGUGAAGAAGCCAUCAAGGAUGAAUUUGAUGAUUUAAGUGACCUGAACACGAUGCAGAUGGAAAGUGUUCGAGAAUGGGAGAUGCAGUUCUUAGAAAAGUAUGAAUACAUUGGUAAGCUUCUGCGUCCUGGAGAACAGCCUGCGGACUAUACAGAUACUGAGGAUGAACAGGGCGAUGAUAAAAAAAGACACUGCUACAGAAAAGAAGUCACAGUGAUAAAGGUGGCAAUGUCUCAUGCUAAAUCAAGUCUUCUAUCUCUAUAAAUCACUUGCCCACUAGCCAAGAUACAAGCAUAGUGGACUAGUGAGCCAAUUGGUGGUGUAUUCAGCAUGUAUUGUUUAUACAUUCGACUAGAGUAACCCUAAAACAGGUUGCUUAAUGUAAUUCUGACGCAUCAAAUCCUGUGUUUUUGUUUUUUUUUUUAUUGUGGUAUGAAAUCAUAUUCGGUACGGUUGUCAGUUUAUCCAUGCGAGAUGAUUACUUCGGUCAGAUGAUGUGCGUUGAGCUUGUCGAAAAUCAUUUUAUUUGCUCAGUGUUCACAAACAUUUCACUUAAAUUGACUUUAAAUCUUAUCCACCUCACAUGUUUUAGGGAAAAAUGCUGUAUGUCACAAAAUAUUUAAAGAUCUCCAGACCUGAUAGAUAUCAAAACACUUUUUUCUCACACUUAAUAGUUUCUUUUAAUUUUCCUCUUGAAGCAGUAUCAGGAAUAUUGAGGGCUCCUUGAGCUAAAGCUUUCCAUAGCCAAUCAGCUGUACCAACCAGCUCGCGGAUUGAAUUCUGGCUGCUUUACUUGGUAAAUUCAGGAGGUGGUUAGGUUUUGACUUUUUAUUUCAAGUCAUGGUGGGUGAGGAGUUAGACAGUGCACUCCAAGUUCCUCCACCCAUAAUGAUAAAGAUGACCAUUGUCACAUAAGUGAAAAUUCUGAGUGAGACAUUAAAACCAGUCAAAUCAAAUAAAUUUCCUGUAAUUGAAUAUUUAUACUAGUGGUGCUGUACCUGUUAGGUUUGCCAUAUUUAUAGUUGAAUGGUGCUUCUGAAAAGAGACCACUACCCAGACACAGGAAAAAUAUUUCAAUCACUGAGUUCAGUUGAAUUCUUUACAAUGAAGAAGUAAUACAAAACCUGGAUGCUGAGUAUUACAUGUAGUUACAUGUAGAAGUAUCCCUUUUGUUAUCCCAGCUGUGACAGAUAGAAGUAUUAUAGUGUCAGACAUUGCUUGUGUUUCAAAGUAAGGUUGGUAUAUAUUCACCUUUUUUUCUUGUUAUUUGAGUAUUAAUAUGCAUAUUCACAUGUGUUCAAGUCAUCAGACCACUUAUCCAUCUUUUCUUUUCAGUCCAUCAGUUUAAUUUCCGUUAUAUAUUUUUCCCCAAAUAUGCCUGUAUCAGUAAUUGAUUAUGCUUUAAAUCAGAUUGUUAGAUUUAAAUUCAAAUCCACCUCCAGUCGCUUCCUUGGCUGAAAAAAUAAGGUUCUGUGUCAAAUUUGUGAGCCCAUCAGAGGCUCUAAAUCGCACUUCUUCCAGCACUUUUGAGUCAUAACCUGUUUCUAUUUCAGACUGUAACAUACGUGUGUAUUGUUCUUCGUUGUAAAUAGGAUGAAUUAUGUACAGGGUCAUUGGAUUAACCAACUAUACAUGUACAUGUAUGUGAAUGAGUUAUGUACAUAUAUUCAAGGUAUGAUAUAUAUUACACGCUGUUUAUAGAUAAACAGUGUCUUUGUACAUGGUAAUUUAAGAGAAUUCUUAAUAAUGGAUAGAUCUUUAGCAGAGUUCUUCAUCUUGAUAUAUCUUUAAAGCCUGUAGAAUAAGUCUGUCAAGGUAUGGAAGUAUAUAAGCAGAAAUCAAUGGCAUAUUAAAUUACUUGUAUGUGUACUGUUGUGGUGUUUUUACGUGCUUUGACUUUUACUAUACCAGAUGUUGCAUAUCUUUCAGUAAAGUAAAUGAAACCCGGAAACUAUUUUUCAUGUUGGCUGUUUACUACAGCCCUGUUCUGGCAUCCUACUUGGCUCCGUGUAGUGUUACGUAGAGUUUACAUACUACUGAAGGUUGUGAGUAGUUCACAGUUUUUUGAUUUAAGGUGUUCUUUGUGGAAAUAUAUGGGAAUGACUGACUGUCAAGGUAGUAGAGCCUUUUUCCAUGAGCUAUCGGUUUUGCAUGUAUCCUUUACUGUUGACAUAAUGCAGAUAACAUAGAAAAGUAUGACUUUGGAGAUUUGAUCGACCGUCUCACCUUAUUUUACCUUGGGGCACUUUCUGUCCAGGGUACCAAACCAUAGUGACAUUUAUGAAGUUGUAAGAGUGCUAAAAAUAUGGUACAUUAUGAAAGUUAUGGAAAGUUGCCUGGUAUACUUACAUAUACGUUACCCAACUAAAUAUAUGGAUUUGGUAUUUCUCACUUGCCUCUUCAAACAACCCUGGUCAGAGGGGUUAGUUCGUCCUACAUAGAAGUCUACCGGUUGUAUCAUUCUUUUUAAUCUACCCAUAUGUUUGUCUCAACAACCUGUAAAUGUAUUUUAAAAAUAACCAUAGAAGAUUUAUUAUGUGUUGCAUUUUAUCCAUCCCGUUGUUAGAUUUGUCCUGCUCCAUUUCCCUAUAUGUUGUGUCUUCCCAUCAUGUUACUUAGUGAUUUACUUUAAAAUGUUCGUCACUCCACCUUCAGCCUGAAGUUUUGGCACAUGCGGAUCACCUAUACUGCCUUUGUCCAUUGUACAGCAAAGAUGUUUGCAAUAUUUUUUUGAGUCUUCAAACUGUGAAUUUUUCGAUUAUGAUCAUGAUAUUGUAUAAAGUUGGAAUUAUU